AUGCUCCUGGGCUUUCCCCAUAGCCGGCCCCUCCUCUUCGUUCUUUUCCUGGCCAUUUACCUGGCCACGCUGCUGGGGAACUCUGCAAUACUCGCCCUCGUGCUCCUGGAUCCCCAUCUCCACAGCCCCAUGUACUUCUUCCUCAGUCACUUGUCCUGCUUGGAUAUUUGCUAUUCCUCAGUGACAGUGCCCAAGAUCCUGGCAAAUGCCCUGCGCCCACAGGCGGUCAUCUCCUACUAUGGAUGCCUGGCACAGAUGUUCUUCCUGAUGGGGUGUGCAGGGGCUGAGUGCACACUCCUGGCUGUCAUAGCCUACAAUUGCUACGCAGCCAUAUGCCAGCCCCUGCGCUAUGCCCACGCCAUGAGCUGGGGUGUCUGUGUGGUGGCAGCCACUGGGUGCUGGCUCUGGGGGAUGCUGGACUCAGCUGUGCACACCCUCCUGGCCUCCAGGCUCUCAUUCUGCAGGACUGCCCGCCUUCAGCACAUCUUGUAUGAUGUCCCCCCACUGCUGAGGGUGGCGUGCAGCAACACCCGCCCCAGUGAAGUGGCACUGCACGCUGCCAGUGUCUUUGUGGGCCUCAGCCCCUUCCUGCUUGUUGUUGUCUCCUACCUCCACAUCCUGGCCACCAUCCUCAGGAUACCUGUGGCCACCAGCCAGCGCAAGGCCUUCUCCACGUGCUCUGCCCACCUGCUCAUGGUCACCCUGUACUUUGUGACAGCCAACCUGAACUACAACCGGCCCAGCUCCAGCUACUCCCCAGCAGCCCACAUGCUGGUCUCCGCGCUGUACUGCAUCGUCACCCCCAUGCUGAACCCCCUCAUCUACAGCCUCCGCAACCAGGAGGUGCGGGGGGCCCUGCGGAAAACUGCGUGGGGACAGGGCACGCCAGGGUCCCCAGGCAGCAAUGCAUGA